AUAGUAGAAUAUCUCGGUGGCGCACGAUUACAACUUUAAGAAUUUAAAGUGAGGUGUAACACCGACAUCAGUGGACGUCAGCUUGCAAUUACAACUUGCCAUAUUAGCUUGCACAUUCGCUAGUCUGUCUUUCUACUACUACUUUUAGUGUGGCGCCAGCAACGACUUGAAUCUUCAGGGUGAGCAGACAGCAUUAUAGAUAGCGGUAUCCCGAUCGUUUUUUUAGUAGAGGAUGGUAAGAUGUCUCAAGUGUUUGAAAAGGCGCGAGUCGCAUCUCUUCAUUAGUGAUGUAUAUAUUAUUGUAACGGCAGAGCCUUGCACGCACAAUCAUACAACUGAGUAAAAUAUACCAAUGAGUCGUUAGUGACGACACGAGUAUAACUCGUUAGUUUCAUCUCAACACAGUUCUGGACCAGUUCUGCAAUAUCGGAACAACCGCUACACUUUAUGGCAUAUCAGCGUUCGCCAACCGAAGCGGAUUCGAGCAACUUGAGAGCACUAGUACUGCCAUAAUGCAAUUUGCAAGAUUCAGACAGUAUCUCGAUUAUCAUGAUUGCAGCCCACGAAGUCAGCCCGAGCGAGUCUAAGAUGCUGCUUGCUAGACUAGUAGUACACACUUUUCCAAGCGUUUCGGGCGAAUGCCUGUUGAAUGAAGAACACAAGAAUGAGCUCUCACGGCGGGGAGCCGUUGGUCGACGCCACGCCGUCGUGGAGUUACCUGUUGAUAUCCUUGCGUCAAUUGCUAAGAUCCUGCAGAACACAGCCAGCAGAUAAAGAGGUUCAAGUGAGAGCCAAUGUUACGAUUAUACCCGUCGUUGUAUACUCUCCCAUCAGCGUUAGAUAGAUAGAUAGGACAGGAAUCUUUAAUUCCAUUAUUUACACCAUUUUGCUCAUUUAUAGCUUGUAUUGUUGGCGUUUUUAAUACCUAGCGGUACAAUGCUACUAUAUCCCGCCAGGAAUUAGCAAAUAUGUUGUGAAUUUUGUAAUUAGUGAGGCACAAAAUAACAAUCCACCAG